ACAGGAACAGAGAGAGAAACGUUAGGCAGGCGCAGAAGUGGUGUCUCGAAGCAAAUCAAAAAAGACAAAUACAGGACUAAACGCCUGAAGGUUACCACUGAGAUAGGGAGCGCACACUUGCAUGCACACGCCUAAAGAUGCUGUUCAUACUUCUGGGAGUUGCAUUUGCUGUGACAGGUGGCACCUGUGAGGCACAGUGGCUUGAGGUCACCGCACAGGAGGGCUCUCCGGCGGUGCUGCCUUGUGAUGUGUCUGACUCACCGGCCACGCAUUAUGUCGCCUUCCAAUGGAUCAAGAAAGAUUCACGAAGCGAGAGCACCGUGUGCCGCCGGGAGAAGAGCGGCCUGGUCUACCGUGGCUCUGGUCUCGGCCACCGCAGCCACUGCCCCGGCACCCAGUCCGGCGACUACAGCCUGCACAUCGACGCCGUCAGGGAGGAGGACGCAGGACAGUACGUCUGCAGCGUCCAGGCACCGAGACAAGGACGCAGGAGCCAACCAGCCACCAGGAUGGUCAUGCUUAGGGUCAUGAAAGUGUCUUUCUCACGCCCUGAGGCCAUAGAAGGGGAUUCACUGGAAGUGAAUUGCAUUGUGACUCCAGGCUACAUAGUAAAGAUGGACUACAGAUGGAAGCUCAACGGUCUGGAGUACCAGACGGGGAAUGCGUACCACCGGUCAUCUUUCAAGAUUCGCAGGGUGUCCCAGAGUGACCGGGGGGACUGGACCUGCCGCGUUAGCUACAAAGGCAAAGAGGCAGAAGCGACGCAGUUCCUCAGAGUGAAAGGCGUAGAGCACCCACCAAAUGACAAAGCCCUUGUGUACGCUGCCAUUGGCUCCGACAACACCACCCUCCCCUGCGUGUUCUCCGAGGGCCUGACCCCUAACGCAACCUGGAGCAGGCUCUCCAAGGGGUCCUCCUCCUCCUCCUCCUCCUCCUCCUCUUCCACUUCUUUCUAUAAACUUGCCAGCUCUUCACGUCGUCACCUGCCUCCCCCUCUCCCGCUCUCGUUCACCCAUCCACCGCUGUCCUCCUCAUCUCCCUGGGACCAGUCGGCGAGGCUGCAGCGUGUGGAGGUCGGAGACGAGGGGAGUUACGUGUGUUCGGGACGAGUGGAGAGCAGGCAGGUGCAGAGGGAGCUGGAGCUGGUGACUGCUCGAGUGCUCAGUUCCCCAUCUACAAAGAGAACUCCAUUGACUCUGACGUGUCAGCUGAGCAACGACAGAGAAGUGACCAAGUACGAGUGGGUCCGUGUUACCUAUGACAACAACUCUGUGGCCACGGUAAUCCCUGUGGGAAAGAACAAGACUCUGAAGCUGACUGAGGACGAAAUGGGCGAGUGGGUCUGCCGUUACUACGGGGAGAGAGGGUUACUGGGGAACAUCACCCACCACGUACACCUCAUGGGUGGUCUGGAGUCAGGGAGACCGGAGGAGCAGAGCUCUAGCAGGGGAGCGCUGGUCAUCGGCUGUGGACUCUUCGUCCUGCUGGUUCUCCUCAUCGCACUGCAGAUCUACAGGAACCGCCAAAGGAGGAAAAUGAUCCUGCCCUACCCAGCCCUGGAGAACAUAGUUCACACGCUCGCCAACGAACGAGAGAGGCGAGAGAGGUGUGGAAUCAACGUGAAGAAAAGCAGUGGGCCCGUGGAAGACCAGGCCUGAAGUAGACAACAUUACAUCAGUCAUAAUCAGAGUUAUAAUCCAGCCAUACAACUUUUUUACUCAGCAUUUAUAUAUGUAUAUGUAACUCUGUAUGUGUAAGUGCGUGCAAACAUUGUGUGUGUGCAUGUGUGUGUGUGUGUGUGAGGC